UUCCUGCAAGUUCAGGAAAUGCUCUUCCCCAGUCUACAAAUCUCACCUACUCUCAGUUGUGAGUCACUUACAUUAGCAAGAGAGCAAGUUGCUCAAGCUGUUCGGAGCAGGACAAUCUCAAAGGACACCUUCGAGGGGCCCAGGGGAGAACCCACUUUCUCCGACAAGGGAGAAAAAUGCUUAUUUCUCAUGCUGUGCGAGAAAACCCACUUCUCUGUCAACCAUAGUUUCAAGGCUUAUUCUUAAUUAGAGUUGAGGAGCCUGUUUCAACUUGAAGACACCGUAUCAGGUGAAUGGACACCCAGACACCGCAAUGAAAGGUCAAACAAAACGAGAUCUCCAGUUUAGAGGACUGGCAGUGCCUGCACCAGCUGGACAGGGGAAAACAAACCUCCCCCUCCCCCACCCCAACUCCUACCCGCCAAAAGACUCAAGCCAAUAAUAACCUAUGCCGAACCCUGCCCUCAGUCAUCCUCAAGUGUUUCCUGACCCGUAUUUUUGCUUCCAGUCCAUCACAACUAAAGAAUGGGGCUCAACCUGACACUUGCAAAACUACCAGAUAAUGAGCUGCACAGCCAAGGGAUUCACGCUUCAAGUAACAUGAGUGAUGGACCCGGAAAGAACACCACUGUUAACAAGUUUGACACGAUCGUCUUGCCUGUGCUUUACCUCAUUAUAUUUGUGGCAAGCAUCCUGCUGAACGGUCUAGCAGUGUGGAUCUUCUUCCACAUUAGGAAUAAAACCAGCUUCAUAUUUUAUCUCAAGAACAUAGUGGUUGCUGACCUCAUCAUGACGCUGACAUUUCCAUUUCGAAUAGUGCAUGACGCAGGAUUCGGACCUUGGUACUUCAAGUUUAUCCUCUGCCGAUACACUUCAGUUUUGUUUUACGCGAACAUGUAUACAUCCAUCGUAUUUCUUGGGCUCAUAAGCAUCGAUCGCUAUCUGAAAGUGGUCAAGCCGUUCGGGGACUCUCGCAUGUACAGCAUAACUUUCACAAAGGUUUUAUCUAUUUGUGUUUGGGUGGUUAUGGCUGUUCUGUCCUUGCCUAACAUCAUUCUAACAAAUGGCCAACUAACCAAGGAAAACAUUCACGACUGCAUGAAACUCAAAAGUCCCUUGGGAGUCAAAUGGCACGAAGCCGUCAUUUACGUCAACAGCUGCCUGUUCGUGGCUGUGCUGGUGAUCCUGAUCGGAUGUUACAUAGCCAUAUCCCGGUACAUCCAUAAAUCCAGCAGGCAAUUUAUAAGCCAGUCAAGCCGAAAGCGGAAGCAUAACCAGAGCAUACGGGUGGUGGUGGCAGUGUUCUUUACCUGCUUUCUACCCUAUCACUUGUGUAGAAUUCCUUUUACUUUCAGCCACUUAGACAGACAUUUAGAUGAAUCUGCACACCAAAUUCUGUACUACUGCAAAGAAAUGACACUUUUCUUGUCCGCAUGCAAUGUGUGCCUGGAUCCAAUAAUUUACUUUUUCAUGUGUAGGUCAUUUUCAAGAAGGCUAUUCAAGAAAUCAAAUAUCAGAACCAGGAGCGAAAGCAUCAGGUCACUGCAAAGUGUCAGAAGAUCGGAAGUCCGCAUAUAUUAUGAUUAUACAGACGUGUAGGAGUUACAAAGGCCAUGAGGCCUCCUUAUUGGUUGAAGUCCAAGUGUACAGAAUGUAAAUAAAGGUUUCUUUUGAUUA